AUGGAUAGCCACGGGUUCAUAUCGAGGAGACAGCCGCCGCCACCACAAACCCCGGCACAUGAGAAGCGGAAAUGGGCCGUACUGAAGAUGGGCCACGUGACGCCACUCCUUCGCGAUAGUGACCAAUUAAUGAUCUUCGUCCGGAAACUCCAUCAACUUCUCCAAGAGCAACAAAUGAGCCUGGAGGACACGUUGGCCUGGACCCUCUUCGAUCCGCCCGAUCUGCCCGUCGUCAAGCGGCAAAUAGAGGAGAUGAUCGGCGACGCGAGGGCCCUCAACCAAUCCAAAUUGCCCAUUCUCGUCUACAUUGAUGAUAGUUUGGCUUCCGUGAUCUACGAAGACAUUGAAGGCCAGUUCAGCGAGUUCCUCUACAUUGUCCGCCUCGAGCCCGAAGAGGUCCGCCAUCCCAUAGCCACCAGCGAUUACGCGGAGAUCAAGAAUAUCUGCGUCGAAUUUCGGGCCUGUAUUGCGCCACUCGAAGUGAAUCGGCCGGCCGCCGCCGCGCCGCCGUUGAGAAAUCUUGCUCCCGUCGUGCAACCCGCCCCUCCGCCUCCCCAACGAGUCGUCGAAGCGCCAAGAAAUUACACUCCCGUUGUUCAACCCGCCCCACCGCCUUCCCAGCGAGUUGUCGAAGCGCCAAGAAAUCUGCCGGCUCGACCUCUCGGCCCCCCGCCAGGCAUCCGGAUGGCUCCACCAAUGGAAAGAAAUAUUCCUCAACCCAUGCGUCCCACUCCUCUACCACCGGCUCCCCGACCUGACCCAUACGCCAGGCCGAUGAUGCCAAGCUCGUCCGCCUACGCCCCGGAAACGCGCAACAUCCUUGGAGAGGCCAUCAGCCGAAUCACAUUGCCAAGGCCCGAACCCCCACGCCCGCAACAUCGUCCAUAUUCACCUCCCAGGAGAGCCGCCGACCGUGACGAUACCGGCCCCCAACUGGUGGAUACGCCCCCCAAUGAGGAAGAGCCAAUACCGUACCCGAGCAGAAGCCGCCCACACCAGCCGCCACCUCCCAGAAAUCUCCCCAAAUAUGAAUAUGGCUUUGAUGACGCGCCGAGGCCGCAGAAUAACGGGUACUAUCGCCAAGAAGCGGAACCGAUGCGCUAUCCGUCGAAUGGCUACAGACUCGUCGACAGCCCGCCUCGGCCGAGCCAUGUUCCCCAGAACAAUCCGGCAUCUUCGUCGAAAGAUGACGCGAAAGUGAACCCAGUGCUUAUUCAAACCAAUGACGACAGCAGCGAGUCGGCUUAUGCCACUCCACCAUCAAUGCCCCCGCCCGGAUUGUCGAUGGAAGCCGAGCCCAGCUAUCCCCCAAUUCCCGUGGAUGAUGUUGAGGCGGCGCUUGACAACUUUAAAACUGGCGACCUGGAUGCGGAAUAUUUUGUGGACGAGCUGUACCAGCACCUCGGCGUCUACAACCGGCUCCACGAACCGUUCGACAACCUGCGCGACAACAUCCUAUUCAUCAAGCUCAUCCGGUUGUCCUGCCAAAAAGCAGCCGUUGACGUGCGAAAAGAGGGCACCGCCAUCCUGGAGGCGGCCGUCGGCUCGGGAUUCGUCGAAUCGGUGCUCGUCGCCCAUUUCGAGCCCGUCGUCGAGAGUGGCGAGCUUCAGCCCCCGAAUCAUGCAACGUGCCUGGAGGUGCUGCUGGACUUCUUCGACACGGUCUCCGAUUACGAGAUCGACAACGAGACAUGGCACGAACUCUUCACUCGGCUCCACCAAUUCUCCUGCGAAGUCUCCACGGAGGUGAAGCGCUGUAUGCGCGUCGACCCGGAUGUCGUUUUCGCCAGAAUCUAUGAACGUUCCUACCGCGACUUCGAGGGCGACCAGGGCCACCACUUCCUACUCGACGGCCAUUUCCGUUCUGGGCCGAGCCGUUCGCUGCGAAGCGGCUUCGUGCUGCCCACGUGCAAGGAGGGUCCGCCGCCUACUCUGGACGCGGACCCGAAUUCGAAUACGGCUGCCCUGUACCUAGAGUGCGAGCGCACCGAGCCGCCCAACGAUUUCCGGACGUUGGCCAGUGAGAUUGCCAUCGAAGAUGUCCAAAAUCCUGUGAAACCGUACGUUCGGCGGAUGAAGGUGAAGCAGCCGUUCGCCGACUCCGAAGAAUAUCUGGAUACGGUGUUCCGGUUGCUGCGCGAGGAUCUCGUGUCGGCGCUCCGGGAUGGCAUAGCUAUCUGGAAAGGGCACAAUUAUCAAAUGGGCAAAGACGCGCACGGGCUGACGGCGGAUCUUUUCUUGGUGCAGGAUGUUCGGGUGAGGGGCGUACAGGUGAAGAGCGGCGUCGGUGUCCCGAUGCGAAUGCUGGAGAUCCCGCAAACGCUGGUCCAGCAAGUAAUCGACAGCCGUCGUCUCUCCUUCGGCCAAAUGGUGGCGCUGUCAAUGGACGGCUUCCAGGAGGACUGUCUUCUCGGUGUUAUUGUUGAACGCGAUGACGAUUUAUUGAUUGCGCGGCGAUGCAUCGGUGUCGCGCUGGUGGCUGAACGUGACGGUGGUGUGGGCAGCGUUCGCGUCAAAAUGGACACGGCCUAUCAUAUGGUGGAGAGCAGCGCCUUCCUCGAGAUGUACUCCCCAGUGUUGGCCACGAUUAAGGGCCUCAACCGCUUCCUCCCUAUCCCAUUCGAGCGCUAUAUUGUCCAUGGAAAGACGAACGUGCUGCCCCCGUAUUAUAUGCGCUCAACCACCCCAUCAGAAAUUACGGAGGAAAUCGCGAAAUUGGAGAUGACCUACAUGCGGAAGCGGCUGCAGAAAAAGGCCGAAUAUCUGAAGUGGCACCAGGAUCUGGCGGCUGAACGGGAUGCUCAGGCGGCGACGGAAGCACCAUCACCGCCUGAAGACGGAUUUCAGGAUAAGAAGACGAAAAAGAAGCAGAAGAAGAAGACACCUUCUCCAGCGCCGGAAGACGAAGAAGCCGGCCUGGGAUACAAGGGCGACAGCCCGGAGAUGGCCCAGCUGAUCCGCGAAAUCACCGACGCUGAGAAUUACGCCCCGCGACCUCUUGGCGCCACAUCUGAAGCGCAGAGGGGCAAGGUCAAGCUCCACGGCCGAGAAUAUGAGAUGUCCGAGGUCGAGCGGCUAUUUGAUCCCGGAAACGAGAUCAUGGACCAUUCGCAGAAGGAAUCACUCCUGAAAGCCCUCCGCAACGAGUUCGCGCUGAUACAAGGCCCGCCCGGCACCGGAAAAACGUUCCUGGGCGUUGAGGUGGUGGCGGCGAUGUUGGAGAAUCGACAGCGAUGGUGUAUCAUAGAGCCGAUCCUCAUCGUCUGCUACACGAAUCAGGCCCUCGAUCAAUUCCUGGAGAAGAUACACGAUCGCAUUAUGAAGGAGAUUGCGCAAAAUCGGAUCAAACACGAUUUGCCAACGGUCGUGCGGUUGGGAUCUCGGUGCGAUAGUGUCUACAUCAAGGAAUCCCACAAGCUGACGAAACGCGACGUCUGCGAGGCGUUCCGUGACCAUGUCCCGCCCACCAAGAUCAACAGGGGCUCGAUUUACUACGACUUUCAACUGGCCGAACGGACACUCGGAGGCGCCGUCGCCAUCCUCAGAUUCGGCAAGACGAAGCUGAUUGGCGGAAAGCAUACUCGCUCGGUGAUGUCCCUGCUGCAUUGCACUCAAUUCGACCGCGAAUACGGUCUCUAUCUUGACUCGAAAAAUCGGCCAAUGUCGAUCGAUGAGAAGCUGGUGGCGUGGCUGCUGAAUCGACAAUUCGCCAGGGAUCCGCUGAAGCUGCCCGGAAGUGGCUCGAAUUCGGAGGAGGAGGGCGAGAGCGUUGCGCAAGCAGGACGCAAGAAAAAGAAGAAUAAUGGGACUGAGGAGAAGCUGGCUGAUGCGCUACAGCAGUUGGACAUUGAGAAAGAGGGAAAAGAAGAGGACGCCGUAAAGCAGCUGGCCCUCGAAGGAGAAGAAACGUACGAAGUGCUCGAGGAUUGGUAUAUGGGCCGCGAUCCGGUGGCUGAAGCGGACAGUCACCUCAAAUCGGUGUUGCUCUUCGGAAGGCCGAACGAGGGAAAAAGCGGCCAAUUGCAAGGCGCACGCUCGAAAUCGCUGCUCAAAAAUACGCAGGAUCCGGUUGUGAUAGCGGCGAUGGAAGAAGUAGAGGAGCUCGUGCUCGGGGUAGAGCCGUUGAAGGCGGAAGAAGCCGAUGCCAUUAUGAACAUUGUUACCCUGCCGAAGAAGCGCCGUUGGCAACUGUACGCCUACUGGCGCCACAAGCUCGUCGAGGAGACCAGGGCCCAGAUGCCGAGGCUGAUGGCCACCUACCGCGCCGCGUGCAACGCCAAAAAGGAGUUGAUGAUCAAGGAGGACGCCAAUAUUCUCAAGCACUCAUUGAUUAUUGGGGCGACGACUACCGGCGCGGCGAAGAAUCGGGAUCUGUUGACCCGGUUGAACUGUCGACAGCUUGUCGUUGAAGAGGCGGCCGAAGUUCUUGAAGCCCACGUCCUCACCUCAUUUCUGCCUUCCCUUGAGCAUGUCGUGCUCAUUGGUGAUCAUCAACAGCUGAAGCCCAGCUCGUCCGUCCACCAGCUCGGCCGCGACUACUUCCUCGAUGUGUCAAUGUUUGAGCGCCUCUACAACAUUGGAUUCCCGCAUUCAUCACUUUUGAAACAACAUCGUAUGCGUCCCGAAUUCACCGAGCACAUUGUCCGCCCACAUUUCUACCCCAGGCUUGAAGACCACGAAACUGUGCUCAAAUACCCGUCGGUCGCCGGUAUGGGCAAAGAUUUGUUCUUCUGGACCCACCAAGUUGCCGAAGAGACCCUCGGCUACGAGAGCACGUCAAAGCUGAACACCUACGAAAUCGAGCAGGCCGUCGCCCUGGCUCGAUAUCUCAUCCUGCAGGCCGUCUACCAGCCUUCGGAUAUCACCAUCCUGUGCACCUACACCGCCCAGACGCAAUUCAUGCGCAAGGAGGUGGGCCAAACCCUGGGAAUGACGCCAGAUGGGAAGACUGAAGUGCAAGUGGAGACACUCGAUGGAUACCAGGGAAAGGAAAACAAGAUCAUCAUCCUGUCGCUGGUCCGGUCGAACAAUUCGGAGGGCACGAUCGGCUUCCUCGGCGUCAAGAAUCGAAUCUGUGUCGCGUGGACACGUGCCCAGCACGGUCUCUACGUCCUUGGCAAUAUGACGUUUUUGGCUGGCAGAUCGCAACUGUUCAACCAAAUCUGCGGCCGGCUCGUCAUCGCCCAGUCGAUUGGCGAAUGUCUUCCGGUGUGCUGCACAAAUCAUGGCAAGAGUCAGAACAUUCAAUUCCCGGAGCAGCUGAAGGAGAAGUGCCCGGAGGGUGGCUGCGAUCUGGAGUGUCUGAAAAAGCUCGCCUGCGAACACAAAUGCCCCAGAAAAUGCCAUCCGAUCGAUGACCACUACGCCUAUCGCUGUCUGGUGAUCGUUGAGAAGGGCUGUAAACGGGGCAAGCACGUCGAUUCGAAGCCAUGUUAUGAGGAAUUCGGUCCGUGCUACCGGUCGUUCGAGUUCAAGCUGGCAUGCGGGCACACGGCCAAAUACCCCUGCUUCACGGAUGAUGCCGAUCUCAAGUGCAACGCACCGUGCGCGCUGAAGCUGCCGUGUGGCCAUGGCUGCAAGGCGAAAUGUGGCCAGCCGUGCACCAAGAUUUGCCAGGAGGAAAUCGAGGUGAUGCACCCGACGUGCCUUUUCAAGCAUCGAACGAAAGUGCGUUGCGGGCUUGCCGUCGAGUUCUACGAGAGCAAAUCACCGUGUCCGCAUCCGUGUCAAGAAGUGCUCGCCUGUGACCACAUUUGCGCGAACACGUGCGGCGAGGAUUGCGUUUUCGAGUGCCUUGAGGUGGUCCACCGCGAGCUGCCCGGCUGUGGCCACCUCGAGGAGAUGCUCUGCUUCCAAAGCGUUGAUGCCGUCAACUGCAUGACGUGUCUCAAGACGAAAAAAGAGGAAGCCGAAGGAGAAGAAGAAGACGACCAU